GGAAACAGAUAAUGUCGUAGGGGACGCUGACAUGGCCGCUCCAUUAAAGACGCGUACCUCCACGUGACUCCAUGAUAAUCUGUCAAACUAAAAGAGUUAAUGUGAAUGAACAAUUAUUUCGUGUGUUUGAUGAGUAGAUAAGACGUGCCCGUUUUGUGAUCAUUACGUACAGAGAUGAAUAAUGAAGAUGGUUGGUCCAGGUGCGUAGGGCCAUUUUCAACUCUGUUUGAAAAAAACAAACCACUUUUGCAAACUGCCAGAGUAAAUCCUGAUUCCACUAUGAGACAGAUUCAAGUUAAAAGAUUGGACUUCAAUGACAAUAUGACCUGCUCUAAUGGAAUUCAACAAACAGACUUUGAUCUAGCCAGCCUCGGCAAGAUACAAACAAUGGAACUUGUAGCUCAAUGGAUUACACAAGAAAUAUGUACACCUCCUAAUUCAGAGCCAAGUGUCAGCUGUCCAUCAUCCCCCAUGGAAGGAUUUUUGCCUAAAAAUCAGAGACAAUGUUCUUCAUCCCGUCAAAUGGGAAGCAAUUGCUAUUCUGCACCUGUUCAAGACCUUGAAAAAUCUCUCAUAGCAGGAAAUCGCACAAAUUUUGCUUCACGACAUCCUGGGAGUGUGGAAUCAGAAAAUAAGGUCAAAGAUUUGUCAGAUCUUACAAAGUCUCCAAUCGUAGGGAAGUACAAAUUUCUACGAGGCAGAAGGAGCUGUAAUUAUUCAAUGCUCAAUGAGUACAAGAGUACCCCAGACAAAGAUGGUGAAAAUGCUUCGAAUAUUAAGAUGUCUCCUAUACUUGGAAGCAGGCAGAAUUCUUCAGCAAAAAAACAUCACCGACUAAAACGCAAGAGACCUAGAGAACGAUUGAAGUUUGGUUUGGAUAAUAAGUCUGAUGUGAAAGGGAUCACAAACUUGGAUGAGUCUCUCACAGGAUAUAGGCAGAGCAAGUUAGACAGUUACGAAUCAAGCCAAGAUAUCUUUGGCGAGGACCAAAUCUCCCAGAGACUCGAAUCUCUUGAAAUGAGCUUCAAUGAGGAUGAUCAAAGUGAGCUGCCAGUUGGUCAAGAGGGAAGACAUUGUGAGGCUGGCCCUUCAGAAGAAAUGACUCAACACCUGGAAUCAGAAAGCAAGCAGCACCCUUCUUCUCCUGUCAUUAAAUCUCGUGUAAAAAGAGAAAGAUCUUGCAAAUUGAAAAAAAAAUUGAAAGAUUUAAAGGCUGAUCCUGUUAAUGUAAAAAUGAAACAAGUUGAUAGCUUGAAAUCAUGUCAAAGUAUCUUCAAUGAUGAACAGAUUUCUGGUACCUUACAAAAACUCCCAGAGAUUUUAACAUCAAAUAUCCAUAAAAAGGUGGCUGAUCCUGAAACAUCGAUAAUGAAUAUGAAAACAGGAAUUUUUGAAGCUGAAUUCAGUUCUUCAAUGAACAAUGAAUUUGUUUUGAAUACUUCACAUUCUCCUCCCCCCUCAUUCAAUGAAAAACACGGGCACCCUACAUCUCCAAUUAUCGGAAACAAAAUGAAAAGAGACAGAAGCUUUAGUAAUCUCCAUGAACUCCGAAAAUCAUUUUGCAGUUUCAUUGAAGAUACAGAGCCGAUGCCUCCAUCCGUAAGCCAGCAAAAUUUACCGGAUGACAAAAUUAUCAUUCCCGAUUCGGAGUUUAUACCUGAAAGUAAAGUGCCACCAACUGACACGGAGCAUAUUGAAUUUGAUAUCAGUAGUGAAUCUGAAGAGGAUAAUGCUCGUCUCUUGGACAAGCUAAUUAAUGAAGCAGAAUCAGAGAGCGACAAGACUGUCAGUGAUCUCAUUGAGGAACCUAUGACUCAGAAUUGCCUGGAAUCAUCACAACCAACAGCAGUUCAUUCGCUAGAACCGAUCCGAACUGCUUCCCUCAAAAUAUCUGAUUCACUGUCACAAAAAGAUUAUUUUUUGCCGGAAGUGUCUGUCAUUGAUAUAAGUGUGGAGUCUAGUCCUCCUCGGACACCUAAGCAGUCGACCAUUAUAUCAGAGUUGCUAGAUUCUGCAAAGAAAAAAAAGAAAAGACACAAAAAGGGAGGUUUAAGCGCCCGGCUACAGAAAUUGGUGGGCAGUCAGUUAUCAAGCAUUCGAAUAUGGAGGCACCAAAUGUCUCGACAAUGUCCGUUUGAGGGGCCACCUUGUGCCACACUACUAGUUACGGAGUCUUGGCAGCAGUAUGGGAAAAAUUUAUACCGGUGCACAAUGGUUGAGGAUCCGUUCAACUUGUUGAAGGACUGUUGGCAUAAGUCUGCUGGCAACAGCGAGCAGACAAUCGGUGAAUGUAAAGAUCUGGUCGUGAUGACUACCCCAGAUUAUGUUGGUUCAGUUAUAAUGCUGAACGGAACUGUCUUCAAAAUAUAUUCACCAUGGAAAAUAUUCAAUCGGAAUUCUGAUCAAGGAAAUUUGAUUUUACACGCUUUGUAUUUUACUGUUGUAUCGAAUCCAGUUAAAGUCAAACUAGAACAAAACGUUGUUACAGAAUUGGAGGAAGAUAAAAGAGAGUGCAAUAAACAAAGCGUGGUUACUCGUAAGUACGACUGUCCAUGCUUACAGAACGGCACAGUCGAUGAUUCUUGUUUGAUUAAAUUUACUAAUCAUCAGAAGAUAGACGUAAUUAAUGAAAUAUUCAAAUAUGAUGCUGGAAAACCACACAGUCAAGUGACAGUUCGUUUAGUAAUUGGUUUCGAAGCGUCGAUUUCAUUUUUAUUCAUCUGGUUUUUGUAUCAUCAGAAGCAGAGAAACAUGUCUGUUGGUCAAGAUCGACCAGAACUGUACGAGGAGGUGAAACUGUACAAAAAUGCAAGAGAGCGUGAGAAGCAUGAUAAUCAAGCUGAUUUAUAUGCUCUUGUGAAUACCUUGCAACAUUUGGAGAAAGCCUACAUCAGAGAUUGUGUUACACCAAAAGAAUACACAGUAGCCUGCAGCAAACUACUCGUACAAUACAGGGCAGCAUUCAAACAGGUACAAAGCGAAUUUUCAUCCAUUGACGCAUUUGCAAAAGCUUACCGACUUGAUUGUCCAGCUGCAUUAGAAAGGAUCAAAGAGGAUCGUCCGAUUACAAUAAAGGAUGAUAAAGGAAACACAUCAAAGUGCAUUGCAGAUAUUGUGUCAUUGUUCAUAACUCUCAUGGACAAACUCCGCUUAGAAAUUAAGGCGAUGGAUGAACUGACUCCUGAUUUGAGAGACCUAAUGGACACAAUGAAUAGGCUCAGUCUUUUGCCGAGUGACUUUGACGGCAAGCAGAAAGUAUCUGGAUGGCUUCAAACUCUCAACAACAUGUCUGCAUCCGAUGAGCUAUCAGAGAGUCAAGUCAGGCAGCUUCUUUUUGACCUAGAAACUUCGUUUAAUGCCUUUAAUCAGAUACUACACAACUCUUAAUUCUGCGUGUAUUAUAAUUGAGUUGAUCGGAACGUAGACCUGUGUGAGGAAGAAAGCAGUUCUUUACAAUCUUGCAAUUUGGAAAACAAAUAAUUUUAUGAAAAAUAUUCUUUAUCAACAUUCUAAUCAACCAUAAAAUUUCUGAGAGUUUGUUAAAGUCACUGUCACUGAGUUUCUAAGAGUAACAGGAAGAUUUUUAUUCCAGCUAUUCUGGAUUAUUCAGACAGAACGUGAUAAAUCCAAUUAAACUGGUAUAGCUCCUUUGCGAUACAAGGUGGUUUUACCUUUAGUAAACUAUUCUACGGAAGUAUAUAAAUAUAUAAUAUAUCUAAUAUUUCGCAGAGAAUUUAUCCCUAGGCUAUUUUGUUAUAUUAUCAUUAAGACUAUUAACCAUUAUUGUACUAUUAUCAUUGUGUACUCCAUCGCACAUAUCGGUAAAAUGUGCUGGCGCUUGUAUAAUUGUAAAAUUUAUAAUCUAAACUUCACAAAUAAAUUUUUAGUAUAAUUUUCA